AUGAACCUUCAUUCUUCUAUAAAUAUCUACCAUCUUUUUUUAUUCUUCUCAUUCAAAACAUAUUCACCACCACAAAGUACUAUACUCAACCAAUUUUCUUGUAUACCUUUCCUAGCUUUAAUUACCAAAAUGAAGUCCAUGAACCUUUUCCUUUUGACAUUGCUAAUUAUGGUUUUGGCCAUUACACUAACAUCAGCAAUAUCUUCUGAAAAUGAAGAACCAAACUCUAAUCAUCAAGAAACAAGUCAUUUCUUCCUUUCCCGAAAACAAAAUAGAGUCUCUCUUACAUGUGACAAAUACCCCAAAAUUUGUCAUAUCAAAGGUAGUGCAGGCUCUGAUUGCUGCAACAACCGAUGUGUCAAUUUUACCAUAGACAUGUUUAAUUGUGGGAGGUGUGGCAAGAAAUGUAGCUUUCCAAAGAUAUGUUGUGAUGGUAAAUGCGUGAAUCCUAGGAGUAAUGAAAAGCAUUGUGGGAAGUGUGGUAAUAAAUGUGACAAUAGAGGUUCUUGUGUUUAUGGAAUGUGCAGCUACGCCUAG